ACAUGGGAAAGUGCGACGCGUGCGCGAAGCAAGCGCAAAGAACGCGUAGGAAGUGUAGGAACGUUAGAUGGUCUGUUUUUUUCAAUUGCACUGCUAUACCGGUACAAUAAGCUAGAUUAAAAUAAAAUAUAUUUGUCUCACUUUAACUUAUGGCACCAGUUCAGCAGUGCAGCUGAAAAGAACAGACCAAGAGUUUCGCUGAGACGCACCGUCGUCCUGUGCUUUGCAAUAAUAAAGCGUUUUUGUACCAUGGAACCUGAUAAGGAAAGAUUUUUCACUCUCGCGUGCGUCGGAAUAUAUAUUGUGCUUUUCCAUCAUCAACUUUAGCUACACAAUACUCAGAGAUAUUGUGGACGUGACAGACGAAGGAGAUGGUGGAUUCGACCAGUAAAUAAACAAAGGAAACAGCAAGGAUUCUACCACAAUCUUAUAUCAGAAACCCAGUUGGCAAAUCAUGAAGAAUUUUUUGCUAACCUUCAAAUGUGGCCAGAACAAUUUGAGUUUCUACAUAACAUAAUAUGUCCAUUGCUUGAAAGGCAGACAACUGUAAUGAGAAAGCCUCUGCCAUCGAAACUAAGGCUAGGAAUGACAUUGAUGUUUCUUGCUCAGGAUGGAACAGUCCAAAGCCUUCAUAAUAAGUUCCGUGUUGGUAAGAGCACAGUACAUCAGAUCAUUAAAGAGACCUACAAGGCAAUAUAGGAGAAGCUGAAAUCUAUUUACCUGCCUCAGCUGACCAGGAAGGAUUUUAAAGGAAUUGCUGCACAAUUUUUUGAUCUAUGGCAUCUUCCUAAUUGUGUGGGUGCUAUUGAUGGAAGACAUAUGCGCAUUAAAGCGCCACCUAUGUCAGAAAGUGAAUUCUACAAUUACAAAGAAUUUUUUAGUGUUGUUCUUUUGGCAGUAGAUGCCCAUUACAAAUUUACUUGGGUAGAUAUUGGACAGUAUGGAUCCAUAAGUGAUGGUGGAGUUUGGUCAAAUUCAGAUUUUGGACAAGCUUUGGAUCAUGGCGAAGUUGACCUACCACUGGACAAACCUCUUCCUGGAACUGACGUCGUCUUCCCACACUUCCUUGUGGGUGAUGAAGCUUUCCCGUUAAAGAAGUAUCUUAUGCGUCCCUUUCCUGGAAGGAUGCAUCAAGUGUUGCCAGAUGAGCAGCGAAUUUUUAAUUACCGCCUAGCUCGAGCACGGCGUGUAUCAGAAAAUGCUUUUGGCAUACUGACUAUGUGGUGGCAAGUUUUGAAUUCACUUCUAGUGUGUUCUGUAGAGAAAGGCGAAGAUAUUAUCAAAGCCUUGGUGUGUCUGCACAUGUUAAUGGACAAUGAAGCUAAUGAUUACAUAAACCCUGUACAACUGGAGUUGGAGCUACAGGAUGGCAAUAUUCAGUCAGGAGCUUGGACAAAUACUCAAGUGACUGAAAAUUACUUUCAAAGACUUGGUAAAGUAGGAGCCAAUAGGGCAGCUUCGAUAGUGAAUGGUAUGAGACAACACCUUGCUGAAUACCUAGCCUCAGACAUAGGUACUACUCAGGCACCCUGGCAAUUUGAGCGAGCAUUUCGAGGUACCCGUUUGAAUUUACCGCAGUAAAUUCAAGUUCUUGGAAAAGGAAAAUUUCAAAGGCAUUCAACUGAGCAGUUAGAUAAUAAAACCGAGUGAGAAAGUGGAUUGUCAAGAAUCGACGAAUGGAAUCAUUACGAAGUAACAUGAAGAAUUUAUAUUUUAUAAUGAUAAUCCCUUUUAGUUAUUUCGUCCUCAGUCAGCUGAUAUAUAUAAAGAAAUAAAAAAGAAAAGAAUUAGGAUUACCAAGUAUAGUAAGUAAUGGGUAAUUUCUGUAAAAAAAAAACGUUAAUAAAGGAGACACAAAAAUUAAAAUUUCUUAAAUUGU